CGCUCGUUGGAGAGUCCCGCCUCUUCCCCCGGGCCGCGCCACCCAGAGCCUUCCGUGCGCCUAGGCCCCGCCUCUUACGGAAGCCGAGGCGGAGGGUCGGAAUCCGGAAGAAAAACAAUCGAGCGAGUGAGCUGACCGGCACCUGCUACCCGACCGGGGCAGAUCAAGCCAGGAUCCGCUGAGGCUGGGAGACGCGAACCAGCCGGGGCACCGCGUGGGGACGAUGGCUGCCACGAAUCCCCAGACCGAACCGAGAGGCAGGACGCUCAGCAUACAUGUCGUGACGUGGAACGUGGCCUCUGCAGCACCCCCUGCAGACCUCAGUGAUCUGCUCCAGCUGCACACCCCGAACCUGAAUCUGGACGUGUAUGUCAUUGGUUUGCAGGAAAUGAACUGUGGGAUCAUGAGCCUCCUUUCUGACACUGCCUUUGAAGACCCAUGGAGCAGUUUCUUCAUGGAUGUGCUUUCCCCUCUGAGCUUCGUCAAGGUCUCCAGCGUCCGCAUGCAGGGGCUCCUCUUACUGGUCUUUGCCAAGUACCAGCAUUUGCCCUUUAUCCAGAUCCUCUCUGCUAAAUCCACCCCCACUGGCCUCUUCGGGUAUUGGGGGAACAAAGGGGGCGUCAACAUCUUCCUGAAGCUCUACGGCUACUACGUCAGCAUCAUCAACUGCCACCUGCCCCCACACAUGGCCAACAAUGACCAGCGGCUGGAGCAUUUUGACCGGAUCCUGGAGAUGCAGAAUUUUGAGGCACAGGAUAUCCCCAACAUCCUGGACCACGACCUCAUUCUCUGGUUUGGAGACAUGAACUUUCGGAUCGAGGACUUUGGGUUGCACUUUGUUCGGGAAUCCAUAAAACAUCAGUGCUACAGUGACCUGUGGGAGAAGGAUCAGCUCAGCAUUGCCAAGAGACAUGACCCUCUGCUCCGGGAGUUCCAGGAGGGACCCCUGCUCUUCCCGCCCACCUACAAGUUCGAUAAGAACUCCAACAACUAUGACACCAGUGAGAAAAAACGCAAGCCUGCGUGGACCGACCGCAUCCUUUGGAGGUUGAAGCGGCAGCCCCAGGCCGACUGCCACCCCCCCACACUGCCAGCGCCCCACUUCUCCCUGGUUCUGAGGAGCUACGUCAGCCACAUGAUGUACAGCAUCAGUGACCACAAGCCUGUCACCGGCACCUUUGACUUGGAGCUGAAGCCGCUGGUAUCUGCUCCGCUGAUCACCCUGCUCCCCGAGGGCCCGUGCACCACUGAGAGCGACCUGCUCAUCAGCUACUCCCUGGCCGCGGACUUCCUCAGCAGCCCCUGGGACUGGAUCGGACUGUACAAGGUGGGGCUGCGCCACAUUAAUGACUAUGUGUCAUAUGUCUGGGUCGGGGACAACCAGGUCUCCUUCGGCGACCAGCUGAACCAGGUAUACAUCAGCCUCAGCGACAUCCCUGAGACUGAGGAUGGGUUUCUCCUCUUUUACUAUAGCAACAGCCUGCGUUCUGUGGUGGGGAUAAGCAGACCCUUCAAGAUCCAGCCUCGCUCCUUCCUGGAGGAGGACUCACUGGAUGAAGCCCAACCACAGAUCUGAGCCAGGAUGCGAGUGAACUCGGGCGGAGGCCGGCGCUGGCUGCCAGCUCUGCCUUCACUGCCAGGAGCACUGGGGGCCCAGCCCUGCCCCCUGAGGAGGCCGCAAGUCUCCUCCACCUCCCAGGGCGAGUUCCAGCCACACUCCCUCACUCUCCCCAGUCCAGAUCUCCAGGAUCAGCCCCUUCAAUACAGGUUUCUGUGGCUCAGGUGUGAGUGAAACCAGCUAGUUUGUCAGCAGUGAAGCUCUAGACAGUCCGCUGGAGGAAGGACCCUCCAGCUUGCAUCUCAUUUCUCCAUCUUCCCCACACACACACUUGUAGUCCUGCCCAAGCAGGCCCGCCGGGCACAUGCCCCAUCUGGCACAGGCCCGCAUUCUUGUCACGCCACCCUGGGCCUUAGGCUGCCUGGGAGGGGGAGAUGCUCACGUUUGUGCAGGCUGCGUAGACUGGUUGGCGAAGGCAGCAUUGGGUUCUAGGAGUCUUGGCAUCUCAUUGCCUGUCCCCCUGAGGGGUGGGCAGAGGGUCUGGGGUCCCUGCUUUUUGCAGAAGCAAAUGGCUAAGUAGGCAGGAUGGAGGGGGGCCUCCACCCAGGCUCUUACGUAGGUUUUGUGGGCAGGCUGAUGGUGUCCUUCCGCCAGCACCUCCAUCCUCACCCCCAGAGUCUGACCCAGAAAGUUCCAGGGUGUGAGCAGAGAAUAGGUCCCUGGUUCACUUCUGCUAGUAGAUCAGGCUCCGUGCCCCCAACCGGCCCUCCCGUGAAGUGUUGGCAGGUGGUAGAGGAGCUGUGGCCACAGACUUUCACAGGGUGGGCCUUGCGCAGUCCAGCUCAUCUGCCCCUACCUUUACCUGCUGUCACCGGCCAGAACCCUGCUCUCUCUUUAGAGCGCUGUGGGACCUCGGAGUGAGGGCAGGUGGAGAGGAGAGCCAGAAUCCAGCCGUUGUGGAGAAUCUGGCCCCGGGGGUCUUCCAAGAGCAUUCUCUAGGUGCUGCAUGGGCCUGGCCUGUCCCUAUUCCCACCAUUUGCCUUCAGCCUCUGGUGACUCAACGGCCCUUCUCCCUGGAGAAGACACCUCAGGGAGCCUGCUCUGUGACUGUCACUCCCAUCCUGCCACCUGCGACUGAGGGACACUCCUGCAUUCUUACUCCACCCUGGGAGCCAUCAAGAACUGUCCCUCUCGGAGUUCCUGCUGUGGUGCAGUGCGAUCAGCGGUGUCUGUGGAGCGCUGGGAUGCAGGUUCGAUCCCUGGCCCAGUGCAGUGGGUUAAGGAUCCAGCAGCACUGCUGUAGCAUAGGUAGCAGCUGUGCCUCGUAUCUGAUCCCUGGCCGGGGAACUCCAUAUGCCAUCAGGGGCAGGGGUGGGGGAGGGGGGGGCAAAAAAAAAAAAAGAACUGUCCCUCUGGCUUCUAGCAGGCCAUGGCCAAUCUGUGUUCUGUGGCUGUUGCGUUGGUGGAUAAUUAGAAACAUGGCUUUUACAACUG